CAUCCGCCAUCUCUGUUUCCGCAGAUUCGCCACAAAUGAUCGCUUUUGAGCGCUACAGAGGGGACGAAUAAUUAAAAAACCCAGCUGAAGUUCGUAUUUGUCGAAGGACGCCUCGAGGCUAGAGGUUUAUGUGGAAAAACAAAUCAGGAUUUUUUUCCGGUUGGAUUUUAUUUUCAUGUCCGAGCGCUGAUCACCUUCAUGGAAGUAUCAGGUAUCGACUCCAUCUUCAUGUGCAAGCUUUGCAAUUUGUUUUCCCCGAACCGAUCUGAGCUCCAGCAGCAUGUCUCAGAAAACCACACGGAAGAUGGACAGAGUCCCGACCAGAUUAUUAUACCGCUCAGGCCACUUGUACCGGCCAACAAGAAUGUAGAAGAGUCGCACGUCAUAAAAAGGAAGCGAGGAAGGCCGAAAGGUUCCACAAAGAAGCCAUUCGCUGACGAGGAAACUGUGGAGAACAACAAUGUCCCUCCGGCCGAAAACAAGUCCGACGCGGCAGACUCAGGCGUGGCCCCUGACCCAGAACCUGAGAGCCUGGAAUGUAGAAAGUGCAGCAGAACGUUUUCUAACGUCCGACAGCUGAAGAAACACAUUUGUAUUAUUGUGCUAAACGAUGAAGAAGAGGCGAUUCAUGGUAAUGAUUUUGAAGGGAAGUUUAUCCUAUCGGACGGUGAAAAAGAAAAGGAGAAACAGUCCAAGAAGGCACGAGUCCAGAAACCAGAUAAAACGUCCCAAAGUAAAGAGUCGGAGAAGGCACAAGGCGUCAACCCCAUCGUGCGGGUCCUCCUGAAAGCCCAUGAAGCAAUUCCAGGAGCAACAAAAAUUGUUCCAGUUGAAGCCCCUUCUCCAGAAGUUGAACAGGAAGCAAAUCCUCAAGCACCAGAUCUAGAGCAAGGCCACAGAAGGGGAUACCAGGAGUAUGCAAUCCAGCAAACACCAGUGGAGCAGUCCACAAAAUCAAACAGGGUAGGCUCAACACAGCUGAAAAUUUUUACCUGUGAGUACUGCAAUAAGGUUUUCAAGUUUAAGCACUCUCUGCAGGCGCACUUGAGGAUUCAUACAAACGAGAAACCCUACAAAUGUUCCCUGUGUAACUACGCGAGCGCAAUCAAAGCCAACCUCGGAGUCCACAUGAGGAAGCACACGGGAGAGAAGUUCAGCUGUGACCACUGCACGUUCAGCUGCCUUAGCAAAGGCCACCUUAAGGUCCACGUGGAAAGAGUCCACAAAAAAAUAAAACAGCACUGCCGCUUCUGCAAAAAAAAGUACUCCGACGUCAAGAAUCUCAUUAAGCACAUCAAAGAAACCCACGACCUUCUGGACAAGAAAGUUAAGGAAACCUGCGAUGAGCUCGGGUUACUGACCAGGGAAGGAAAGAGGCAGCUUCUUUAUGAUUGCCAAAUCUGCGAGCGGAAGUUCAAGAACGAGCUAGAAAGAGACCGCCAUAUGUUGGUGCACGGCGACCAAAGACCGUUCGCCUGCGAGCUCUGUGGCCACGGCGCUACAAAGUAUCAAGCUUUGGAGCUUCACGUCCGGAAACAUCCAUUUGUUUAUGUAUGUUCUUUUUGUUGUAAUAAAUUUGUGAGCACUGUGAGACUGAAAAGUCACCUCAAAGAGGCUCAUCCUGAAGCUGAUGAGUCUUCGCUAUUCAACCAAUCCAUCAAUCAAAGUUUCUGCCUCUUGGAGCCUGGCAGUGAUAUUCAGCAGGAGGCACUUGGGGACACAGAGUCUCCAACAGAAGCCAUACCCGUUGUUAGUGACGUUGCCCAGCCUUGUCCUCCCGAGGGCCAAAUACAAGAAAUUAACCCAGCGCAAAAUGCCCAAGAGGCUUUGUUAACUGAUUUGGACAUUUACAACAAGUCCAUACCAUCAAGAACCGAUACAGAGAAUUCUACUGUCUCGGAAAAUGAACAGGCGCAAAAUUUCUCCGAUGGUCGCUCAAGAACAAAUCCAGCGAGUGCGGUGAUACUCUGCUCAGAUAUCACGCCUCUGUUGGCAGAAAAGGGAAAUAAUAACGAAUAUAUCGAUCUGGAUAAAGUCAGCAACGGGGUUAAUUGUGGGGAACAAGUAGCCGGGUACGAUGCGCAGGAUAUCUCAGAACCUGCGAAGGUUGGAGAGGUCGCCCAAGAGGUUCCCACCGCCGUCGACGAGAGCGUUGGCCAACAAGCUUCUCAAGAUAACGGAGUGGAGACCUGUGCACCGGUUGGCACAUCCAACGAUGGCUCACAAAAUGCUGGAGAGACAGCUGCAUUCAUGCACAUUUUGAAUGGUUUGCACAAAAGGCAAUUGAGUAUCGCUUUGUUUCAGAAGAUCAGAAAGAUUUAUGGGGAUCUAGAAUGUGAAUACUGCGGCAAACUCUUCUGGUAUCAAAUGCAUUACGACAUGCAUGUCCGGACGCAUACACGAGAACAUCUGUAUUACUGCUCCCAGUGCAGCUACUCCUCCAUCACCAAGACCUGCCUGAAGCGACACGUCUUGCAGAAGCACAGUAACAUGUCCCUUAAGUGUCCGGCCGAAGGGUGCGGGUACUCCAGCCCAGACAAAUACAGACUGCAGGUGCACCUGAGAAUACACACCGAGCUGGAAAAAAAAACGUACUCCUGUCCCGCCUGUGACAAGUCAUUUUCCGAUGAUCGCCUUAUCAGGUCACAUAUACAGACGACCCACCCAGAUGUUUCCACGAGUCUCCUCUCCGAGGUCCUUGGUCGUAAGAUCCAACUGAAAGGUCUCAUAGGAAAGAGAGCUGUGAAAUGCCCUUAUUGUGAGUCGUAUUUCAUGAAGAAUGGUUCAGAUCUUCAGCGUCACAUAUGGGCCCAUGAAGGCUUGAAACCAUUUAAAUGCACCGUAUGUGAAUACGCGGCUCGCAGCAAAAGCAACCUGAAAGCUCAUAUGAAUCGGCACAGUACGGAGAAGACUCAUCUGUGCGACAUGUGCGGCAAAAAGUUCAAAUCAAAAGGGACGCUUAAGAGUCACAAACUGCUCCAUACAGCCGACGGAAAACAGUUCAAAUGCACCAUUUGUGACUUUACUGCCGUUCAAAAACCGCACCUUCUACGUCAUAUGGAGCAGCAUACUUCCUUCAAGCCUUUUGGCUGUGCCUUAUGUCAUUAUUCUUGUAAUAUACCCGGAUCGCUGAAAAGGCAUUACAACAAAAAGCACCCUAAUGAAGAAUGUGUCAAUGCCGGAUCCGGGGAGCUCUCCACAGAGGCUCUUGGUCUCCAAGGAGGAAUAAAAUGCCCAGUGUGCAGUUUUGUGUACGGUACCAAAUGGGAAUUUAACCGACAUCUCAAGAACAAACAUGGCCUUAAACUGGUGGAAGCUGACGGAGACGCUAAAUGGGAGCAGCCGCUUACUGCGAUGGAGGAGACGUCGACCCAGUACCUCCACAUCACAGAAGCUGAUGGAGAUAUACAGGGGACGCAGGCAGCUGUCGCAGCUCUCCAGGAUCUAAGAUAUACCUCAGAAACCAGCGAGAAGCUUGACUCCACCGCUGUGAAUAUACUCCAGCAGAUCAUUGAUCUGGGCACAGAGUCUCACGAUGCGGCCGCCGUUGCUUCAGUAGUAGCCGUGGCACCUGGAACCGUCACGGUGGUCGAACAGGUGACUGAAGAGGAGCAUAGCGCUAACCACACGGUGAUGAUACAGGAGGCUUUACAACAAGCGUCUGUGGGUUUAAGCGAACAGCAUCACCUGGUGGUCUCAUCAGACGACGUCGAAGGGAUCGAGACCGUUACGGUCUAUACGCAAGGAGAGGAGGCCUCAGAGUUUAUCGUUUACGUCCAGGAGGCCAUGCAGCCUGUAACCGAUAGCACGAUGGAGCACAUCUUGCAGGAAAUCUGA